AUGUCUGGAAUGUAUACUUGUAACUCCUGUGCUCUUCAAUUUGAGUCAGGUCCUGCACAACGAGAACACAUGAAGUCGGAUUGGCAUCGUUACAAUUUGAAAAGGCGAGUUGCUGACUUACCACCAAUAUCAUACGAGACUUUCAAUUCCAAAGUAGCUUCAGCGAAUGCUCAAGCUAAGGAAAGUCAAAAUAGUGGAAAACAACUGACCAAGAAAGAGAUUAGAAGAAGAGAGAAAGAGGCUCUUUUGGAGAAAAAAAGACAGUUAUUGGAGUUAGCAAGACAAAGUAUGUUGAAGAACAUGCAAAAUGCUCAAGAAGCUAGCGCACCUGAAGCUACAAAGGAAGAAGCUGAGCCACUUGUCGAUGUUGCAGCUGAGAAGAAGGCUGAAGAAGAAAAAGAAAAAGAAGGGCCAAACGAAGAAGAACUAACCGAAGAACAGUUGGCUGAAAAAUUAAUGGCCACUAAACUUGCUAAUAAAGUUGAUAUUCCCCUAGAGCAAUGCUUAUUCUGUUCUAAAAAUAAGACUUUCAGAGAUUUUGAAACUAAUUUAGAUCAUAUGUUUAAGAGCCAUGGGUUCUACAUACCAGAACAAAAAUAUUUGGUUGAUAAAGAAGGUUUAGUUAAAUACAUGUCAGAAAAAAUUGGUUUAGGUAAUGUUUGCAUUGUUUGUAACUACCAAGGGAGAUCUUUAGAAGCGGUAAGAGCACAUAUGUUGGAUAAGAGACACUGUAAGAUUCCAUAUGAGGUGGAAAAUGAAAAGUUGGAAAUUUCAGAAUUUUAUGAUUUUACCAGUACUUACGAUCAGUUCAAAGACCAUAAAGAACAAGCACAUAUUGUAGUCGAUAAGAGUGGCAAAACCACAUUUAAUAAAGAUAAUGACGAUGAGGACGAAUGGGAAGAUGUUAGUGGGACUGAAGAAGGUGAUGAUGAAGAGGAAGAAUUGCCAAGCGAAUACUUGUACAAUGACGGUAUUGAAUUGCAUUUACCAAGCGGUGUUAAAGUAGGACAUAGGUCAUUACAACGUUACUAUAGACAAAAUCUAAAGCCAGAGAAGGAAUGGACUGAGGGCCAAGGUACAUUAAUUGCGGCUGAAACCAGAAGCUUUCUAACGACCUUUGAUAGAAAAGAAGUUCAAGUACAAAAACUCGUUUGGCAAACUGAAGUUAAAGAUAAAAAGAGACACGACAAGAGAUCUGCCAAGUUUAUCAACAACCAACCUUAUUACAGAGACCAAUUAUUGCAAUAG